AUGCCAUCUUCUCAAAAACAAAGAAAAGAGGAGAUUGACAAGGAGGCGAGCCCAAACUCAAACGUUGCCUUGCCCCAACGAAAGGGGAACGGGAGGCCCACGACGGGUCCUGACGCGAAUUCGAAACGAGUGGGGACCACCAGCGCAGUUCCCUUCUUCCUCCCCGGAAAUCCCGAAAACACAAACGCCAACCCCGUGUGCCCCCUCCCCAUUCCCAACCCAUUUCAAAUCAAACCUCUCCUCCGCCCCAUCCCCACCCCAAUCGCGCCGCCCUCUCCGGCGACACCUCCGCCCGCCUCCAUCGCCCUCUCCCGCCGCCGCACACUGGUCAGUGAGCUCGUAAUCACGGGGGCGGAAAUUAAGCCGCGGCAGGCCCUAACUGAUCCCCCUCGAUUCGGUCCCCUCGCAGGCCGCGGCGCCCUCGCCGGGACCGGGAUGAGCGGCGGCCAGCUCCUUCAGAUGGAGACGGCGUGCGGCGCCCUCAUGCGGGAGCUCCAGGUGCGUGCGCCCCCCGCCCCUUCGAUUACGUACCGCGGUGGUGUGAUUUUGCGGCGGGUCAUCUGGGACGAGAUCGGGGAGCAGGGCGCCGCCAGGGACACGAUGCUGCUCGAGCUCCAGCAGGAGUGCCUCGACGCCUACCGGAGGAAGGUGGACCAGGCCAGCCGCUGCCGGGCCCAGCUGCGCCAGGCUAUCGCCGACGCCCAGGCCGAGCUCGCCGCCGUCUGCUCCGCCAUGGCCGAGCCGCCCGUCCUCGUCAGGCAGAAAGGAUGUGGCUUACGGGAGGAGCUAAAUGCAAUCGUCCCAUAUCUGGAAGAGAUGAAGAAGAGAAAGGUCGAAAGAUGGAAUCAGAUUCUUGAUGUUAUAGGCAAGAUAAAGAAGAUAUCAUCUGAGAUCAGACCUGCAGAUUUUGUCCCUUUUAAAGCACCUGUGGAUCAAUCUGAUCUAUCCUGCAGAAGGCUAGAAGAGUUAAGAAUGGAGCUGCAGUCCCUAGAGAAAGAGAAGAGUGAGCGGCUGAAGCAAGUAAUGGAUUACUUGAAUACUUUGCAUUCCUUAUGUAAAGUACUUGCCGUUGACUUCAAACAAACAAUAUCUGAUGUACACCCCAGUCUCGAUGAGGAUGGUGUACCAAUGAACAUAAGCAACACCACAAUUGAGAGGUUGGCGUUGGCAAUACAGAGACUACGGGAAACAAAAAUUGAAAGGAUGCAGAAGCUUCAAGACCUCUCGUCUACGAUGCUCGAACUAUGGAAUCUUAUGGAUACGCCGAUAGAAGAGCAACAGUCAUUCCAGAAUAUAACAUGCAAUAUUGCUGCAUCAGAACCUGAAAUAACAGAGGCCAAUGCCCUUUCCAUUGACGUCAUGAACUUUGUAGAAGCUGAGGUACUGAGGCUUGAGCAACUGAAAGUCAGUAAAAUGAAGGACUUAGUUCUUAAGAAGCAAACAGAAUUAGAAGAGCAUCGUCGACGGGCACAUUUAGUUGGGGAUGAACAUUAUGAAACUCAGUUCAAUAUCGAGGCCAUUGAAGCAGGUGCUAUUGAUACCUCACUUCUUCUAGAACAAAUCGAAGCAUACAUCGCAACAGUUAAAGAAGAUGCUUUUAGCAGGAAGGAUAUACUCGAGCGAGUUGAAAGGUGGCUAAAUGCAUGUGAGGAGGAAGCUUGGUUAGAGGAUUACAGCAAAGACGAUAACCGAUAUAAUGCUGGGAGGGGUGCACAUAUUAUGCUUAAGAGAGCUGAAAAAGCCCGUGUUUUGGUUAACAAGAUACCAGGAAUUGUAGACGUUCUUACAAAUAAAGUAAUAGCCUGGGAGAAAGAAAGGGGCACUGAGUUUACUUAUGAUGGUGUAUGUACCCGUAAUUUCACUGCUAUUCUUGUUAGUCUUUUGUCGAUGCUUGAUGAUUAUAGGAUAGUUCGUGAAGAAAAGGAGCAGGAAAAGAAGAGGCAAAGGGUAUUCAUAUUUUGCUUAACUUUUUCUGCACUUGCAUCUGUGUUCAUCUGCGGAUGGUAUCUGACGGGUGAGCGAUUGCAGGAUCAGAAGAAGCUUGAGGAUCAAUUCAAAGCUGAGCAGGAGAUGCUGUACGGAUCAAAGCCGAGCCCUUCAUCAAGGUCGAACAGCGGGAAGAAGCUUACCAGAAACCCCUCGGCUGGUAGUAGAGGCAAAGGCACUGCCAGUCCUCCGAUCAAGAAGUUAUCAUUCAAGGCAAGUACUCUUGGUGAGACUGAAACCCCUCGUAAACCCUUCACGCAGAUCGCACCCGGAAAUAGCAACCCAGCGACGCCCGUGCGGUCUGCCUCCAAUGGUACCGAAGGCGAGAACCGAACUCCCAAGAUACUCGCAGCACCAACUCCCAAGACGCCGAUGAUGGUGACCUCUCCCAUGCAAAUGACCACAACGCCUGCUCUGACUGCUGCACCUGUCUGCGUCUCCAAUGACAAGCCAGAGCUGUGUUUGCUAGAGAGCACCGAGUACUCCUUUGAAGAGAGGCGCCUUGCCUAUCUCGCUGCGCACGCCGCUUGA